CCCACGUGCCGCCUCCCCUGUUGGUGUCAGCGGUUGCAUCAGUUAAGCUCUGAAUAAAAAGCUAGUGUCAGUGGAGUUUCAGCAUUUAUCUGUGGGUAACAACUGGAAGGUGUGAAAAUGUGCGGCAUCUGGGCUUUGUUUGGCAGCGACGAGUGCCUGUCGAUUCAGUGCACGUGUGCCAUGAAGAUCGCUCACCGGGGUCCCGACGCCUUCCGCUUUGAAAACGUCAACGGCUUCACCAACUGCUGCUUCGGCUUCCAUCGGCUGGCCAUCGUGGACCAGCUGCAUGGCAUGCAGCCGCUGCGUGUCAAGAAGUUCCCCUACCUCUGGCUCUGCUACAACGGAGAGAUUUACAACCACCACAGACUGAGGAAAGAGUUUGACUUCGACUACCAAACCAAGAUGGACGGUGAGAUUUUGCUUCACUUGUACGAUAGAUUUGGCAUCAAGAAGAUGGCUUCCCUCCUGGAUGGUGUCUUUGCUUUCAUUCUGCUGGACACCGCCAACAGAAAAGUCCAUCUGGGGAGGGAUACAUACGGCGUGCGGCCUAUGUUCAAGUUCCUCACAGACGAUGGAUUCCUUGCCGUCUGCUCAGAGGCCAAAGGCCUCAUAGACAUCACCCACUCGAUGUCCACCGCAGCCAGCAUCGUCCCCUUCCUCCCCGGACACGUUGAGGCCUUUGAUUUGAAGCUUAACGGCAAAGUUGAGUCCGUUCAGUUGGAGCAGUUUCACUGCUGCACACAGGAGCCGGCUCACGCUCGCUACGACACCGUGGACGAGCUGUCCAGACGUUUUGAUGAGGAAACGGUGCAAACCAACAUCAGGACCCUGCUGGAAAACGCUGUGAAGAAACGGCUCAUGGCUCACAGGAGAAUCGGUUGUCUUCUGUCGGGUGGUUUGGACUCUAGUUUGGUCGCUUCUAUACUGAUUAAACUGGCCAAAGAGGAGAAGCUGGACUACACCAUCCAGACAUUUUCAAUCGGCUCAGAUGAUAGUCCAGACAUCCUGGCUGCUCGCAAGGUGGCGGCUCACAUCGGCAGCGAACACCAUGAGGUGAACUUUACGGCAGAGGAAGGCAUCCAGGCUGUGGAGGAGGUCAUCUUCCACCUGGAGACCUACGACAUCACCACCAUACGUGCCUCUGUUGGGAUGUACCUGGUGUCCAAGUACAUCAGAGAGAAGACGGAAAGUGUGGUGAUCUUCUCCGGGGAGGGAUCUGAUGAGCUGACACAAGGAUACAUCUACUUCCACAAGGCUCCGACCCCUAAAGCGGCAGCAGAGGACAGCGUCCGUCUAAUGAAGGAGCUCUACUUGUUCGAUGUUCUCCGGGCUGAUCGCACCACGGCUGCACACGGGCUGGAGCUCAGAGUGCCUUUCCUUGACCACAGAUUCACAUCAUACUACCUUUCCCUCCCUGAGGACAUGAGGGUCCCGAAGGACGGAGUGGAGAAACACCUUCUGAGAAGCGCCUUCAAGGGUCUCAACCUGAUCCCUGAUGAAAUCCUCUGGAGACGCAAAGAAGCCUUCAGUGAUGGCAUGAUGUCUGCCAAGAAGUCCUGGUACACCUGCCUCCAGGAGCAUAUCGAGUCCAUGGUGAAUGAUGACCAGAUGGAGAAGGCUCAUAAGACAUUCCCCCACAACCCCCCCAGCACCAAAGAGGCCUACUACUUCAGACAGGUGUUUGAGAAGCGUUACCCGGGCCGGGCCAAGUGGCUCCCCCACUACUGGAUGCCACGCUGGAUCAAGGCCACCGACCCGUCGGCCCGGACCCUGUCCAUCUACAAACCUGAUAAAGACCAGUGAUCGCUCGCU